GGGUGGUAGUGGUAAUAGUGGUGGUGGUGGCUGGCAUCUAGCGAACGGCGGCAAGGCAAUAGGGGGCAGCAGGUGGACGUGCCCGCAGUGCCGGGGCGUGGACACAGCUGGUGAUAUCUUCUUGACCGCCCGCACUCGGGGUGCCCCAGACAUCUCAGCCAUGGCAGAUCUGUAUCAGAGCAGCCUCCUGGAGCCCACCGCGCCGCCAGAACACCUGCUGCACAGCCCUGCCACAAAGAAGCCACCCAAGGUAGUUAGCGGAAAAGAGAAUAAUGGCAAGGAAAAGACACCGGCCUCCAGUACUUCCUCCCGCCCUGGUCACUCCCUCACUCCACUCCUGAAUUAUUUUACAAAACGUCGAAAAAUCAAUAACAACAACAACAACAACAAUAAUAAUAAUAGCAAAUUCAGUCGUGACCAUUCCUCUAAGGAAACAGAGACGCGUGGGAACGGCUCUCAUUCCAAGGAGAUAGAAAGUGGAGGUAAAAGAUUCGCUUUCUUUCGAGGUAAACAAACUUCGGAACUUUCUCCUGUAAAAGAGUCUGUUGAGGCUACAGCUGCUUCAGAAAAGAAAGAUACAACACUGUCACAAGAUCCACAGUUUGAUGCUAAACAGCCAGAGAGUUUGGAACCUCAAGCCAGAGAUGAAAUGGAAGUGUUGUGUCACGGACUGAUUGAAAAAACAGAAUCAUUUAGCAAAAAGUGUCUCCUCUCCCAUUCAGGUCAUGAGACCGACUCGGACACAGAAUCAGUUGUCGCCGAAAAACACAGCAAUAAGACGAGAUCUGACGAGGCUGACAUGUCUGAGAGGCAGGAGCAACUGAACAAUAUCAACCUCAAGCGAUGCAUGGACGCCACGAUGCCUCAGUCUAUAGGUUCAACAACAACGCUCCCAGCCCACUCUGAAAGUCUCUCUAUCCCACCUGUGAUCGAAGAGAUUGAAGAGGGUAGCGUCGACGAACCGCCAGUCAUCGAAGUCAUCUUGCCCCAGCGAGAACCCCCCGUCAAAUCGUCGUCAGGAAUACAGCCUAUGCAAAGCGUGGACGGCAACGUGGAUGUUCAUAACAACGUGAAGAAACGCCGCAAGCUGAGGCACAUCCUGCGACAUUUCCUCAGUAUGAACAGUAGCUUUGUAAAAGAGGAUAAACAACGGUUAGUGGAAGACGAGGAAGAAGACGAUGAAGAAGAAGAGCAUGAGAUGGUUGAGACCGCCAUUGACGAACAGGAGUGCCAAGGAGAAAACACAUGCCCCGUCUCGAAAACACCACUAACUCGAGAUGACACAGACGCCGUGACUACCGAUAAGAAGAGGCAGCCCGGAACGAAAGGCCAUUGUCGGGGAUGGGGCCACCGCGUCCGCCGCUCUCUGGGCCGCGGGUGUCACUACCUCGGGCUGAGCGUCCUCAACAUCACCAAUUACAUCGUUGCCGAGGCUACCUUCAUGGGCUCUGUCAACCCCAGCAGAAACUACGACUGGGAUUACAUCUACAGCACCAACGAGUACGGGGUGAAAGACUACAUGUACGACUAGAUGGCGAUGAGACCCCAACCUCCAUUAUGACAUUGACUCUUGUGUUCUUUUGUUCACUUAAUUCAGUGGUCAAUCUUCAACAACACCACAGUUAUAAGUGUUUUUAUUUUUAUCUUUAUCUCGAAUGUGUUCUCAUGUUGCUGAAGGACUCUACUCAAUAUAUCACGAUUUGCUUUCCUCGUCUCUCUUUCAACUGCCCAUUCGUCACCAUUUUCCUUUAUGUAAUACGUACCAUUUACAUAUUAUAUUUUCUUCCAUUUAUUGUUUUGUUCAUCAAUAACCAAACAAAGUACGAGAGUUUGGUGUUAUUUCCGCGUCCCCUAUGAGGCUGUGUUUACCAUUAGGUACAGAUUUAUUCUCCCCACGUAGCCUUUAUAAUUGCCUCCUCACGAACACUCCGCGCAUCACGGUCUAUGGACAAUAGAAGAAAAUGAUUUUGUCGCAGUUUGACUCGUGUCUAGGGCAAAGCAGCGUCGCAACCUCGUCACUGUCACCGUAGUAAUACGUAAAGCUCUGUUUCCUGUAACUUUGUACUUCCUCCAUUCAAAUCACAUGACGAGUAGAUGUGUUCGCGUCUCUCACUAAGGAAGUUCGCUUAUUUUUUUUUUAUGCAUUUUUGUGUCUAUUAUAACAUCACCUUCCUUGACAUGAUUCGCUUUGCCUUCUUGAUCUGGCAUGGUCUUCACCGCCCACGUUCUGUCCUCCUCUCCCCCCUUCAUGAUGGCCUCAUUACAACAGACCCAGCUUUCCUUCGUCACUCUUCAUCCUCUUCCCCCUCCACGCAGGCCACAUUUCUCUACAGCGUGUGUGUGUGUGUGUGUGUGUGUGUGUGUGUGUGUGUGUGUGUGUGUGUGUGUUCGCUAUAGACACACUGAGUACCAGAGGCCAUCCUAGUCAAUCAUCUAAGCAUCCUACGUAGGUCAGCAAAAUCCCUCCUCUCAUCUUAAUAACAUCACACACACACACACACACAAACACACACACACACACACACACACACACACACACACACACACACACACACACACACACACACACACACACACACACACACACACACACACAUACACCUUCGCCUGCUCUGCGGCAAUUAGUCUUCAUCUAUCACUUGGCUGAGGUUCGCGCGCGAUAAGGUCGCAUGGGCUUCCAGUGAUUAGCGAGCAGUUACUGUCCCCGUUGAGCAAGAGGGCGCAAUGUGAGGCGAGUGUAAGGUGUCAGGCUUCUUCAUGUCUCCACCUGUAAUGUAAUGUUAGUAGGUAGGCAAUGCCGGCUAUCCCACGUCCUGCAAGUUGAAUCAUAUACAUCAAUACACAUAUUACCCAACACUGCCCAUACAACGAUUAUUCUGAAGCUCCACCUCCCUCUCAUCAGCACGUCACUUCACCGCAUGGGAAAGAAGCACAGGCACAGUCUCGCUACACCACCACCGUCACCACCACCAUACCACCGCUACACAACACUAACGUCAUUACUGCAAUCAUGUUGUCAUAAGCAUCAUCAUCAUUCCUGAUUCACCAUCCACCAUCACCCGCAUUGUAAGGAAGGAAAUAUUCAUCAUAAACAACACCAGUAGUGGCAGCGUCACUUAGUAGCGUCCGUCGCCAUCCACAAAGUGUGCAUUAGACCACACUGCGUAAUAGUCUCUCAGUAAGCAGCCAGAACAAACUUGCCAAAAAUAUACGUUCAGCCUUUGUCGUGAUCGAAAUACAAAUAUCCAAAGGUUCAACCAUACGAUUUCCAAGUCAUACCUCAAAAAAUUCCGUAAUCUCUGAAUCACUGGGAACGGCAGGAAUGUGCUUUUGAACAAUGUGGGGGCCUUAUCUCAAAUGAUAUCAACAAUCUCUAGUGUUUUCACGAUUCUGGAGAUUGAUUAACAAGGAUUUUUUAUUAUCAGCGUGGGGGGGAAAACACACACAUGAGAAUCCGAUUAAUUAUUGCUGUGACCUUUGGUGCCAGACGCGAUGAGAGAACAAAAUAGAAGAAAGAACAUAAGAACAUAAGAACAUAAGAAAUAAGGGAAACUGCAAGAAGCGACCAGGCUUACACGUGGCAGUCCCUGUAUGAAAUAUACCUACCUAUUUCCACCUAUCAUCCUCAUCCAUAAACCCGUCUAAUCUUCUCUUAAAGCUCCCUAAUGUCUUAGCGCUAAUAAUAUGAUUACUGAGUCCGUUCUACUCAUCUACCACUUUAUUUGAGAACCAAUUUCUUCCUAUCUCUUUCUUAAACCUAAAUUUUUCAAGCUUGAACCCGUUAUUUCUUGCUCUAACCUGGUUGCUGAUCCUAAGAAUUUUGCUUACGUCCCUCUUGUUAUAACCCUUAUAGCACUUAAAGAUUUUUUUGGGAUGCUAGCAUUUUAAGUUAUUCUGGCUGAAGGUUAGAGAUACACUUUAAACCAUCCACGCCCUGUACUGCACCUCCCUUCUCACCACCCACAUUCCCUGUCACCUCAAAUCACUCUGUCUCAUUAUCAUCAUCAUUAUCACCCGCUAACCUUUGCGUACUGCAUACAACAGGUGCAAAUAGAUAUCUUGUAUAUUUUAUCCUCUUUUUUUUUUUUUCAAACCUGACUUAAUUAUUGCUGCACCACCUCACCUUAUGUACUUUCUGUUGUCCGGCUAGCAUGCUUAGAUACGUAAGCCUUCGUUUGAAUAUUUUGUUUGUCCUGUUUGUUGUCUUGAUUUUAAGGUAGAGAAUAUGCUGUAAUGACUGUUUUUUUGUCCUUUUUUCAUUAUGUUAAAUAUUAUUGAUUUUGAAGCCGACUGUAAUUGUUAUUUUCUAAGAUUAUGUUUAAAAUUUGCUCUCCCAA